AUGGGCAAGCGAAAACGAAGUCGCCCCUUCGACGAAGAUCACAAGCGAGCUAAAGUCGAAAAAAAGAUCAUAACCCCUGUAAAGCAUCCUGCGUUGAGUCUUUAUUACCGCAAUAUCUUGACUUUGAGAGACUAUCUACUCUUGAAGCUGCCCACAACGUCCAAGGCCAGACGUCGCAAAAUUGUGUCCAUCUUGCCUGGCACGGCCAACUUUCACCACAGCGAUGAAGAGACCGUCCACGAGCAGACGUCGCGACCUGAAUCUUCUAGGGUGAAAGACUUUGCAGUCUUCUCUCAGCACGUUAGUCCCACUGCUGGGAGCAGUAUUGGCGGCAGCACAUCGUCGCUGUCGGAUCUUGUCGACUUUGCCAUAUGGCUACUAUUUCAUAAAAUUCAUCGCCAUGCUCAUAGACCGCCCCAUAUGCUAUGUCAUGGCUUUCAGCGUGCGAGUAACCCGCGACAAACCAAUGAAGAUCAUUGUGCAAUCGCUGGCAUCCCAGGAGUUGUAUCGCACUACCCCAAUGCAAAUGUAAACGCGCUUAAAGGCUCACCCUGGACGGAGACAUUGAGCUUGCUAGGGAGAGAAGGUGACCGCAUAGUGCUUGAUCUAAUUCUGGAUUGUGGUAUAUUCCUCGCCGGCAACGAGGGCCUAGGUAAUUAUUACCAGCUAUCAGGGACUCCGUUGACCGAAUUACAACCUCUGAGUGCCUCAAAUUCUCAGAGAAAAGUACUCACUUCGAAGCCAGAGCUCUGCAAGACAUCUAUAUUAUGUCAUGUCGCUCAAUCAACGCACAAAAAUCCUGCUGCCAUUACUUUCGUUCGAAAUCGUAUGUUCUACGCACGCGCGGCUUUAAACGCCAAAGGAAGAGUUACCUUUGGCUUGCGACAUAUCCAUGUCUUGAAUCGAUAUUCAGACAGUGGCAAUAUAGAGCACACAGCCCAUGUGAUGAAAUAUUUGUUCCCGAGGCAAUUUGGGAUGCACAAUGUCUUUACUUGUACAGUCGACUCAAAGGAAAGCAUUCAGCCUUUCAAAGACUACACUCUUCGAGAGCAAGAAAUCGCUCAGUUGGAUCGCCAAAAACUACAGAAAGGAAGCGCUGAAGCUUCAAGCAUUGCCGUCAGACACCGAGUACCGAAAAGGCUUCGAGGUGAGGCGCUGGAUCUUGUCAGAAAGUUGCAGAGACUACACUCCCGAUGCUCGUAUCAUGAUCUCCUGAAGCAUUACUGUCCGGCAAAGCGAACAGGCCCCCGUCCCAAGCGGAUAGUGGUUGCUGGAUCAGCAAGAACCAUGCCCGAAAAGGUUGACAGUCAAGUACCAGGCCCUUCAUCGUGCACAGUCAUUAAUGCCGCUGUUCCUCAAAUUCGAGCGGAGCCUCCCAAUGCACCUUUGGUUUCGCUAGCGACCCCUCAGUCUGAUGUAUCUGCAUUUUGCCAAGCUGUACUAUCCAAUUUAAUACCGGACAGAUUCUGGGGCGAAGGAAACCAAGGACAGGAUAAUAAAGAAGUUGUGAUGCGGAACACUGAUCGUUUUGUUCGAUUGAGAAGAUUCGAGAGUCUGUCAUUGCAUGCGGUGUUUCAAGGCUUAAAGUUGACAUGUAUGACCUGGUUGAAACCAGCUCAAGUCAACCAUUCCAUGAGGGUUGCAGCUUCCGAUGUUGAGAAGCGCAAAGAAAUAUUUUUAGAAUUCCUCUACUACGUGUUCGACUCUUUACUGAUACCACUGAUCCGCUCCAAUUUUCAUGUCACAGAAUCGAAUGUUCACCGGAAUCGUCUCUUUUAUUUUCGACACGACGUGUGGCGGGCGUUGACGGAGCCCGCUAUGGCGAACUUCAAACUCACUAUGUACGAAGAGAUGAAGACUGCGAAAGCCAAAAACUUGCUCGACGCACGCGCUUUGGGUUUCAGCCAAAUCAGACUGCUCCCUAAAAGCAACGGAGUACGGCCCAUCACAAAUCUUCGCCGACGCGUCACCAAAUUACAGAACGGCAAAUUUACCUUGGGCAGAAGUAUCAACUCUGUCAUGGCACCUGUGUUCAAUGUGCUCGACUUUGAGAAAAGGAAGCGGCCAGCUCUUGUAGGCUCAGCUCUUUUCUCAGUUGGGGAUAUGUACCCGAAGUUGAAAGCUUUCGCACAAACGAUUCACGGGGGCAAACCACCGUCGAAUUUCUACUAUUUCGCAAAGACAGAUGCCAAAUCAUGUUUUGAUACUAUCCCUCAAGACGACGUAAUAAGGCUCAUAAAGCAGAUAGCUUCCGAGGAAGGCUAUAGAAUCGCUCGACACGCGGAGGUCAAACCUUCCGACACUCAUGGUUAUGACUUUGCAAGGAAUAAUAUCGACAUCAAGCCGGCGCGCAAAUUCGUUUCCACCGCGAGAGCGGCCACAGACUUCCAAAGCUUCGACGAUUUCGUAAGUGCUGGUCUGGGAACAGCAAAGAAAAAUACUGUUUUUGUAAACAGCAUCAUCCAGACUUUACAGAAGAAGGAAAAGACCUUGGACCUUUUGCAGGAUCAUGUCGAGAGGAACAUUAUCAAGAUUGGCAAGAAAUUCUUCCGGCAAAAGGCUGGUAUACCACAAGGCUCGGUCCUGUCCAGUCUGCUUUGCAAUUAUUUCUACGCGGAGCUAGAAGAAGAAUGCUUGGGGUUCUUAGAACGGGAUCAGAGUAUCCUGCUCAGACUUAUUGAUGAUUUCCUGCUUAUAACAACUAACAAAGAUCACGCGAAGAAAUUCCUGCAGGUGAUGCAUGACGGAGUUGAAAAGUAUGGCGUCGAGGUGAAUCCGGUCAAAAGCCUUGCGAAUUUCGACGUCAUCGUCAAUGGCUCUCAGGUGCCUUGCUUGCAUGAAAGAACUGAGUUUCCCUACUGCGGUAACUCAAUUAACACCAAAACACUAGAAAUCACUAAAGACAGAGAUCGAAGGAAGGGUACAGUGCUAGCGGAUACAUUGACCGUCGAGCCAUCAAAAGUCCCGGGCAAGGCUUUUUACCGUAAAGCGUUGAAUGCCUUGAAGAUCCAGACACACAAGAUGUUCCUCGAUACAAACUUCAAUUCCACUGGUACAGUCUUGUCGACCAUCUAUCAGAAUUUUGUGGAGGCAGCUAUGAAGUACUAUCGGUACGCCAAGUGCAUGGGAGGAGGGAAGCACCCUCACCCAGAUCUGCUCAUAGGUACCAUACACGAUCUGGUUGAAUUGGCGUUCGUACUCAUCAAAGGCAAGCACAAACGUCAGACAGAGCAAGGCUAUAGCUGUACGGUCAGCAAAUGCCAAGUAGAAUGGUUGGCGGCAAAAGCUUUCCGCAACAUCUUAGCAAAGAAGCAAAGCAAAUAUCGCCUUGUCAUCCUUUGGCUUGAUGAUGCGAUUCGGCGGACGAAGCCGGACAAAGCCAAGGAGAUGUGGAAGCUCAAUAGAAUCGUGAAAGAAGGCGAUGCUAUAUUUAUAGAUUAUAAGUUUUAG